UAUAUUUUAAAAACCGCCGACCGGCACACGAGAGAGAGAGAGAGAGAGAGGCGAUAGGAGCUGCAGUUCAACUCGUCAAUAAAGCGGUAGAGAGAACGAAAAAAAAGCUCGUUCUCCGUUGUGUCCUGAUUCCGCUAGAGCUAGAGAGAAAAAGUUAGAGAGAGUGAGGAUGAGCGGGAAGGUAGUGUGUGUAACUGGAGCUUCAGGCUUCAUUGCCUCAUGGCUCGUCAAGCUCCUUUUACAGAGGGGUUACACCGUUCAAGCCACUGUUCGCGAUAUCAAUGACCCAAAGAAGACCAAACACUUACUCGAACUCGAAGGAGCCAAUGAACGGCUUAAACUGUACAAUGCUGACAACCUGAAAGAUGGAUCCUUUGAUGCAGCAAUGGAUGGAUGUGCUGGUGUUUUUCAUACAGCAUCACCAUUUUUUUUUUCAAGCAAGGACCCUCAGACUGAACUGAUUGAUCCAGCUGUGAAGGGAACUCUUAAUGUUCUUGCAUCUUGUUCCAAAACAUCAUCUGUUAAAAGGGUGGUUUUGACAUCCUCCGUAGCAGCCGUAGUUUAUAAUAGAAAUCCCCGAACACCUGAUGUUGUUGUUGAUGAGACCUGGUUUUCUGAUCCAGCAUUUUGCAAAGAAGUACAGAACUGGUAUGUAUUAUCAAAAACCUUGGCUGAGGAGGCUGCAUGGGAUUUUGCCAAGGAGAAGGGGAUUGACUUGGUGACGAUAAAUCCAGCAAUGGUUAUUGGUCCUCUUCUUCAACCAAUGUUGAACACAAGUUGUGCUGCCAUUCUAGAUCUUGUAAAUGGGAGUCCUACGUAUACGAAUGGAACUUUUGGAUGGGUAAAUGUCAAAGAUGUUGCAGAGGCCCAUAUUCUUGCAUAUGAGGUUCCAUCAGUAAGUGGGAGAUAUUGUUUGGUUGAGAGAGUGGUGCACUUUUCAGAGCUUGUGAAGCUGUUGCAUGACCUGUACCCAGAAUAUCCAGUCCCUCAAAAGUGUGUAGAUGAGAAUCCCUUCCCUCCAAAAUUUCAGGUAUCGAAGAAGAAAACACAGACCUUGGGAGUCAACUUUACUCCUUUAGAGGUCAGCCUCAAGGAGACAGUAGAGAGCCUGAAGGAGAAGAAGUUUUUCUAAGCUGAAACAUUGAAAUGCAUUCAUACGAGUGAGUAUAGAAUGGUCCUUGUCACCUUCCUCUGGAGACUUUCUUUCCUUUAUUCCUUGAUAUGAAAAACAUGUGUAAGGAGGUUGUUCUCAAGACCGUAUGCCAUGAACAUAGUAUACGUAAAUGGUUUCGGACAUGCACAGUAUAUGGCCUUUUGGGCUUAUGAAGUUGUUUGAAAGUACUAUACCA